UGGACUACAAGCCACCGUUCGAGCCCCGGCAGCCGCUGCUCUUCUGCAAGGACUACUCCAAGUUCGGAUGCUGCGACGACGAGAAGGAUCAUCGGCUGGCGGUCAGGUUCUACACCAUCAUGGAGAACUUCGACCACACGGGCUACGCCACCUGUGGGAAGUACAUACGCAGCAUUCUCUGUCAGGAGUGCUCUCCAUACGCUGCCCACCUGUACGACGCCGAAGACGCAAACACACCCAUGCGGGUCUUGCCCGGACUGUGUGGCAACUAUUGUCAAGACUACUGGCACCAGUGUAGGUACACACUGAGUCUCCUCCUGGAGGACCACGGGAGCCCGGGACAGUUUUCAAACCUGACCGCCACAAUAGAAGAAGACCAGAGAAGGUUCUGUGAAUUUCUGGAGCUGAAGGAUAAACAAUACUGCUACCCUAACGUCUUGUCUAACACGGAACUAAAUGCCAACCUGGGUUCGGUGCGAGCGGAUUCCGAAGGCUGUCUGGAGUUGUGUUUGCAGGAGGUGGCGAAUGGACUCCGCAACCCGGUGGCUAUGAUCCACGCAGAUGACGGAACACAUCGGUUCUUCGUGGCCGAGCAGCUGGGCUACGUGUGGGUGUAUCUGGCCAACGGCUCCAGGAUCGACCGUCCGUUCCUCAAUCUCACGCGCGCUGUCCUGACGUCGCCUUGGGCUGGAGAUGAGAGGGGGUUCCUCUGCAUAGCCCUGCACCCUAGGUUUACCACGGUCAGAAAGGCCUACGUUUACUACUCGGUGUCCGUCAAGAAGGAGGAGAGGAUACGCAUCAGCGAGUUCACACUGUCAACGUACGACGACAACCAACUUGACCACUCCUCAGAGAGGACCCUCCUCGAAGUGGAACAACCAGCGUCCAAUCAUAACGGGGGUCAGCUUUUGUUUGGCCACGACGGAUACCUGUACAUCUUUAUCGGGGACGGCGGUCGAGCCGGGGACCCUUUUGGAAAAUUCGGCAACUCGCAGAACAAGUCAACCCACCUUGGCAAAGUGCUGCGAGUGGAUGUCAAUAACAACGACGAUGGCGCCCCUUACAGCAUCCCGUCAGAUAACCCGUUCCUCGGAGAGAAGGGGAGCCUCCCAGAGAUUUAUGCUUACGGCGUACGCAACAUGUGGCGAUGCGCCGUGGACCGCGGCGACCCGGCGACGGGCCAAGGUCGGGGCAGGAUGUUCUGUGGCGACGUGGGCCAGAACAAAUACGAGGAAGUGGACCUCAUCCUGAAAGGCGGCAACUAUGGAUGGAGGGCAAAAGAAGGCUUCAACUGCUACGAUCGCAAACUCUGUCGUAACUCAUCUCUGGACGACAUCCUGCCAAUAUUUGCCUACCCCCACAAGAUGGGCAAGUCAGUGACGGGCGGAUACAUCUACAGAGGUUGCCAGAUGCCCAACCUCAAUGGACUCUACAUCUUUGGGGAUUUCAUGAGUGGGCGUCUGAUGUCCUUAAAAGAGGACGUGACCACGGGGGAAUGGCAGUACAAUGAGGUCUGCAUGGGACGAGACCAAACCUGCAGAUUCCCCAAACUCAUCAACAGCUACUAUAAAUACAUCAUCUCUUUUGCAGAAGAUGAAGCAGGUGAAUUGUACUUUCUUGCCACGGGUGCGGCGAGUGCCACCGCCAGAGCGGGAGUCAUCUAUAAGAUAGUGGAUCCCUCCAGGCGAGCUGCACCAGGAAAAUGUGCCAUCAAACCUUCGCCGGUGAAGAUAAAGGGAAAACUUCUCCACUUCCGCCCAAAGGAAGAAUAUGUUAUGGACAAAAAAGCGCCCACCACACCCGUGCCGACCACAACGGCGAGGACAGUCCCCGCCACCAGAAGAGCCCCGACAAGAAGAAGCACCACACCCGCUCCCACCAGAAAAGCUUGGCCCCCGCAAGCGCCGACGGGAAGAGCGGCCAAAAAGACGCCGACAGCGGCGGUAAAAACGACGACCUCGGCAGCCACUUUGGCCAAAGCCACACCCACCGGUAGGCUCACUGGUACACCCGAGUCUGCUGUUAGGACUAACAUCCCAGCCACGAGCGGAGGCGUGCACACCUGUGCCACACCUUCCUUCUGUGCCGCUCUAACUUUACUCUACAUUAACACGUCACUACUUCACAUGUUCAUGUCAUGGCUUGCUUUGGAGUGACAGCAUCUUUUCAGUGGACUUUCCUGAGAAGAUGCGAUGGUUGUUGAGCUCCGGCACUCAGUUCCUCACAUUUGUCUGGCUGACAAAUGACUAGAAGGUUAAAGGUCAUUCCUCUGAAUCGGUGCCAUUUGCUUUUUGGUGCAAAAUAACAAAUGUAACAUACAUUUGCAUAUAUUCUUCCCCACAAAU